AUGUCGCGCAGACUGUUUGCCAAUUUUUCAAAGUAUCGAAACGCGGUCGCCAAGGCUGCUAAGCACGAGGACGCCUAUACGGACUUGAAGACGUCUACGAAUGCCUCGACCGACUCGAGCCAGCUAGUCAAAGUCAGCCAGUCCUGGAUCGCAUUUAAGCACGCCAGUGGAGGAUGUGUCGGGGUCCUGCCAGUAGAACCUAUUGGACGUGUUGGACAGAGUGUUCAUCAGCUGAGUGCGCACGGUACCGGUGUUGCCGACUGGGAAUUUAGUCCAUUUGAUCCAAACAUGCUGAUUACCGGCUCAGAAAACGGCGAGCUCAAAGUGUGGCAUAUAUCCGUAGGCGAUGACGGUGGAGUCAAGACCGAUCUACAGCUCACAAUCUCAACUGGCACAGGAAAACCAAUUGAGGCUAUUCUCCAUCAUCCCACGGCGCGGGGGAUCAUUGCGACAGCUUCUCAGAGCGUCGUUCAGAUUUGGGAUAUUACUGGCAAGGAUCUAGGAUCAACGCUUUCCUCUGCAACCUACACGUUAACACACCCCAACAUCGUCUCCAGUUUCUCAUGGAGGGCGGAUGGCACGCUUUUAGCCACGACGUGCAAGGACACGCUGAUUAGGGUGUUUGAUCCUCGACAGCAGGAAACUCCUCUUCUGACAGGUCAGGGUCAUGCAGGAAACCGUCCUUCGCGCGUUGUCUGGCUUGGCGAGAAGGACCUUCUGUUUACCUUGGGUUUCAACAAGAUGAGGGAGCGUGAGACCGCUGUAUGGAACGCAAAUGACCUCAACAAGCCCUUGGAACUCAAGCGGAUGGACUCUUCUUCGAGUCUCAUGGUCCCGCUCUACGACGAGGACACCUCUAUUAUGUUUAUUCCCUCGAGAGGUGAAUCCACUAUACGCUGGAUCGAAAUCGCAGAUCAGGCCCCAUACAUGACAGAGGGCACCGUUUUUCCUGUCCCAAAUGCCGUUGCCGGCGCGGGUCUGGUGCCCAAACAACUUCUGAAUGUAAUGCAGACAGAGAUUGUCCGCAUCUUGACUGUGAGUGCCAACAGUCUCUGGCCCGUCAGUGUCAGCAUUCCGCGAAGGAGCUAUCUUGAUUUCCAUGCGGAUCUCUAUCCAGAGACGAAAUCGACAACACCCAGCCUUGAAGCACCAGAAUGGCUGCAUGGGGAGAACAAACUCGUGCAAAGAGUGUCGUUAGACCCAGGGAUGGCAGGGAAACCUGCAUGGGCGCAGCAGGCAACCACACCGCUUUCCUCGAAGGCAUAUUCAGCACCAGGACCCACGCCCAGCCUUCAGCCCUCGAGAAAGGAUCCUUUGGUCACUACACCAACACCAAAGCCAACAGUCGCUGUAUCUUCAAGUGCAUCCACGACUUCUUCGGCAGCUACGCCUGAGCAGUCUGUUGCACAGUCUGCCACGCUCACCCCUCAGGAAGUCGUCACCAAUAAACUUGACUCCCUCACUGUCUCAAUGGCGCCUACAAAGGAGGAACCAUCAGCUCCCUUGUCCAGGACUGAAACACCAGUUACCUCUCUAUCAAGAGCACGAUUCUCGGCUUCUCCUGCUGCUAUGCGACUCGCCACUCAUCAGACUUCCAAGUUCCGCUUCCUGAGUUUCAAGCCAUAUCAUAUCAGCCAGCACUUUGAGAGCAUCUCUGGAUUGAGCAUUAGCGCUGUCCCUGAGUGCAACCUAAUCGAAGUCAAUCACAAGUUUUUGGCACUACCGCUGCAAGGCACUGGAGGUCGGAUCGGGAUUCUGAGGGCUUCAGAGCCUGGUCGCGUAGGCAAUAAGAUCCCUUCGUUAGUUUGCUCUGGGGAUCUGAUGGGCUUCAAGUUCGAUCCCUUCGACCCAAACUUGCUUGUGACGGCGUCUGAAGAUUGCAAAAUCAAGGGAUGGGUUAUUCCGGACGAUGGACUUGACAAGGAAAACGACGUGACCAAGCCAGAUUGGGUGCUUGGUGCCCCUACCAUGGAAAAGAUUACCCUGGUAUUGUUCCACCCACUUGCGAAAGACGUUCUCCUGUCAGCUUCUACGGAUCGCGGCGAUCCCACCUUGAGGUUAUGGAACCUGGAGGCCCAGAAGGAGAUGAUUGCUAUCAAGGGCCACAGGGAUGUGAUCUUCAGCUGUGCGUUUAACCAUGAUGGGACCAAGAUCGUGUCUGUAUGCAGAGACAAAAAGAUCCGUGUCUUUGAGGCGUUGUCCGGCAAGCUGCUUCAGGAAGGCCCUGGCCACGACAGUCUUCGAUCGAGUCGCGUGCUUUGGCUUGGUGAAUCCAAUGUAGUUGCUAGCGUGGGCUUUGGAAGAGGCAGUCAGCGCGAGAUUUUGUUGUUCAAUGCGAAUGACCUUGGCAGUGGUCCAAUCGACAAGAAGUUGAUGGACAAUUCUCCUGGCGUACUUGUCCCUCACUACGAUCCAGAUACGUCCAUUCUUGGUAUCUCUGCGCGCGGUGACCGAGUAAUGAAGCACUUUGAGAUCGUCCUUAGUCCCAAAGAUGAGAACACUAAAGGAAAAAGCAUGUUUGUGGAUGUCGCCAGUCUUGAACAAGGAACUUUGCAGCAGGAUGUCACCUAUCUGCCCAAGCGCUACUGCGAUGUUCGGGAGGUGGAGCUGGCCAAAAUGUACCGCUUGACCUACAAUAGUGUCGAGGUUAUCCGUGUAUCGGUCCCCAGAAACAAGACCGAGUACUUUCAGGACGAUCUGUUCCCGGAUACUGUCGAUUUCGAGACCGCGGCCAUGGAAGCACAGGAUUUCUUUGCAGGCACUGUUCCUCGAAUGCUUCCAAAGAUUUCUCUUUGUCCGGUCGACAUGGAAUCAUUAUCGCACCACAUGGCAACGGCUCCAGCCGCACCCCAAACCAGCGGCAACUCGCUUGACAAGUUUAUGCAGGGCAGGCAGCAGGCGGCAGAUGAUGAAAGGAAGCGGUUGGCGAUGGAACGCAUGUUUGAGACGGCCAAGGAGUCUAAGGCCGACCGGGAUACCCUUGUUCCUGACACCGGCGUUGUCAGUGACGAUGAGUGGGAUGACUAG